GGCUUAUUAGAUCCUUAAUGAUCAUGGUGGAAGAAUCAGAACCUGGGCCAUCUGGAGAUGCAAAGCCAGCGGGCAAUGUUCCAUGGAUUGAGAAGUACAGGCCACAUGAAUUCGCAGACAUUGUGGGCAAUGAGGACACAGUGGCACGACUAGAAGUUUUCUCCAGAAAUGGAAAUGUUCCCAACCUGAUCUUGGCGGGUCCGCCGGGCGUGGGCAAGACCACCACGAUCCUCUGCCUGGCGCGCCUGAUGCUCGGGCCGGCCUUUAAGUCAGCCGUGCUCGAGCUGAAUGCCUCGAACGAGCGCGGCAUCGACGUCGUCCGCAAUAAGAUCAAGACGUUCGCGCAGACGCAGGUGACGCUGCCGCGCGGCCGACACAAGAUCGUCAUCCUGGACGAGGCGGACAGCAUGACGGACGGGGCGCAGCAGGCGCUCCGUCGCAUCAUGGAGCUGUACAGCAACUCGACCCGGUUCGCGCUGGCGUGCAACACCAGCGAGAAGAUCAUUGAGCCUAUCCAGUCGCGCUGCGCCAUGCUGCGCUACAGCCGGCUGUCGGACGCCCAGCUGCUGGCCAAGCUGCUGCGCGUCUGCGAGCUGGAGCAGGUGAGCUACACGGACGACGGUUUGGAGGCCAUCGUGUUCACGGCAGAGGGCGACAUGCGGCAGGGCCUCAACAACCUGCAGUCUACUUUCCGGGGAUUCGGCCACGUCAACAGCGAGAACGUCUUCAAGGUCUGCGACGAACCUCAUCCCAUGCUCAUUAAGGACAUGCUGACGCACUGCGCGAAAGCCGAUAUCGACGAGGCCUACAAGAUUAUGAGCCACCUUUGGCGGCUGGGGUACGCCGCGGAGGACAUCAUUACCAACGUGUUUCGGAUAGUCAAGCACCACGAACUCGCCGAGUACCUGAAGCUCGAAUUCCUCAAG